ACGUCAUAUCUAUUUUAGUAGCAAGCCCUCGUUCAAUACAAGUAAACCGUGCCGCGAUCGUAAAAUCAAAAGCAUCACAGUCAAACAGACCGCGUUCCUUUCCAAACGUUCAAUAAUUGGCUAAAUAUGAUCCAAUUUGAAACCAAACAAAUAUAUUUGGAGUUCAAAUGACAUCGAUACAAGUACGGCAAUGCGCAAACAAAUCGAUUCCUGUUCUUCCUGAUGCCAAAAGUUACAAGAUAUAGUGUCGACAUUGAACGAUGGAGCCUUUCAUUGAUAAGAAUAACUUCGCUUUGAGUGCCAUGGCCACGGUCGCGAUGCAGAUCCUAUUCUUCACUAUAGCAUCACUGUCUCAAAGCGACAAAGUUACAGAUUUCACCGGAGGAGCGAACUUUAUUAUUAUUGCAUUGUUAACAUUCUUUCUCGGACAAGGAGGUAACACUUUAAAAAGUUACGACAGCAGACAACUUAUGGUUACUGCGUUCGUGUGUUUGUGGGGGGUGAGGCUGUCCGCGUAUUUAAUCUACAGAAUCUACCAUAUUGGAAGAGAUAAACAAUUUGAAGAUCGUCGCAGUAACACGCUGAGAUUUGCAGUGUUUUAUACUUUUCAAGCGGUCUGGGUGUACGUGGUCAGUCUUCCAGUUAUAAUAAUUAAUUCUGCUCAUCAUUCAUACCCCAAAGCACCAAAAACGAUGACAACACUUGACUCGGCUGGAGCCGGGGUAUUUGUCUGUGGAUUACUCAUCGAAACGUACGCAGACUUGCAAAAAUUUGCCUUCAGGCAGGAGCCAGCUAAUCAGGGCAAGUGGUGUGACGAUGGCCUGUGGGGUUUAUCCAGACAUCCCAACUAUUUUGGUGAAGUUGUCCUGUGGUGGGGUAUAUUUAUAAUCUCCCUGAAUGUUAUUGAAGGGGUUGAGUACAUUGCAAUAUUAUCACCUCUAUUCACAACAGCUAUCAUAUUAUUCUUAUCUGGUAUACCGUUGCUAGAACGUACGGCUGACGAGAAAUACAGAGACAACCCAAAUUAUUUGUAUUAUAAAGCAUCAACGUCACCAUUCAUACCGAUUCCUCCUGCAUUUUAUGUGGAAGUGCCAAGAUUCUUGAAAUGUUUCAUUUGUUGUGAAUAUCCUAUUUAUGAUUAUACACGUGAAGAGUUUUCAGCACCGACAAUUGUGACUGAGACUACGAGCAUAUCGAUGGUCCAAUCUCAAACAUAGCUGUUGAAUGCCGCACGCGAUGGCGUUGCGGCUAAAGAAAUAAAGGGAUCAGAAAAACAAAGUGAUCAGAAAUUGUGAUACAUAGUUGAGGAGCGACCUCAGAAAAAAUUGCCAAAUUCGUUGCCACUAAAACACAACAACACGUUAGAUAU